ACUUUAGUAUAUUGAAUGCUUUCGUAAAAUGUGUUACAUCCGGGGAGAUCGAAUUUUAUAUUUUGCCUAUGAAGUGAUCAAUCGCGAUACAAGAUCUUAGUGAUGUUUUACUUUUUACUUUUAUUUCUCUUCGCCAAAUUUUGUGCUGCUGAUUCGGAAUUCAAUAACAGCAUUUUGCUGCAGCAACCGUGGCCGUUGUCUGAUUGUGAUCCGAGUCCUCCUCCGUGUAGUGUUCGUCCUACUUGUCCUCUCAUCUUCGACAAUACUACCCAGAAGUAUAUGGUACAUAUAGGUGUAUUACUACCUCAAUCUGACAAAUAUAUUGUGAAUAUAGAUCGGGCAGUAGUGGAAUUAAAGGCCGCUGCAAAACAAAGUAGAAUAAAUGGAUACUUAAACAAUUCUACAGAAAUCAUUUAUCAUACGUACGAUGAUGACUGUAACCAAGGGAAAGCAUCAGAAAAGAUGGUAGAAGCGUUUAAAGACCAAUCAUGUCUUCACAUGAUUUUCGGACCCACAUGUGACUAUUGCGUGGCAACCGUCGGCAGGAUGACACAAUACGUCAACGCUCCUGUUGUAACACCAACAGGCUUAAGCUUCGAUUUUACCUCAAAAAAGACCUAUCCAGAAGAUGAGUUUUUCUUUCUUUUAAAUUUAGGAAAAUUUGACUUUCGUACAUUUGCCGAAUUCUUUCAUUUAAUACAAUAUAGGUACGAAUGGCACAAGGUAGUUCUCGUAUAUGAGCGAAAUGAUCAAUCAGAAGUAGGUGGAGAAAGAAUGUGUUACCUAACAAUGACCAAUCUAGCAACUGAACUGACUUCUAGCGGAAUGGAUUAUGUGGAUGGUGAUUUGAACUUAUUGGGAUUGGAUUAUACCGAAUUUUUGAAGCUUAAGGUCGGAGUAAACUAUGGAAUUAUACUGACUUGUGCAUCCCAUGAAAAUGUUAGAAAACUGGUAAUAGCAGCCACCCAAUUAAAAAUGAUGGACAGAGGAGAAUACACGUUUUUUAAUAUCGACUCAUAUAAUCAUGCAGACAUUCCGUCACAACCAUGGAUAAGUUUGAACGAUACAGUGGAAAACAAUAAUCUAGCCAAAAUAGGAUACCAAAAUGUAUACAGCAUUUUACCUAAGGUAGAAACUGAUUAUGCAGCUGUUGCUAACAAAUCCCGGAUCAGGGGAUCGUCUUAUUUGGACGCAAUAUAUGACGGCAUGAUGAUGUUUACCCAGUCGCUCAAAAAUGUAUCAGAUGGAUUUACGGACACUAAUGUUUCCACCUGUCAGUUGUUAUAUCACUCAAUGGGGAAUAAAUUUGAAGGAAGGAACAACGAAUCUUUUCAGAUGAAUUGUAAUGGUGUCAGAACAAGAGAAGUUGCUUUGGUUCAUAUGAACUCCAGCGGAGUUCUAGAACUUGUAGGUCUGUACAAUUCGACAUACAAAGAGGUGACAGUUUGGAAAGUACACGAUAUCUUCAAACAAAUUAGCGAUACACCCAAAUGUGGCUACGAUAUGUCUAAAUGUCCUACCUAUGAUGUUGUGAAAAUUUUGCUUGUGGUUUUAAUUUUAGUCAUUGUUUUGGGUAUGUUGGUGGUUGCAUUAAUCUUAUAUAGGCAAAUUAAAUUAAGGAGAGAAAUAGAAGCAAAGAUAUGGAAAGUGCAUCCUCGUGAUGUUGUAACCACACACAAUAAACCUCGCGCUAGUAUCCUUUCGUCCAGUUCUUAUAGGGAAUACGAUGGACUUAGCUUGCCUGGCGAUAAACAAAUCUUCACUAAUGUUGCGCUGUAUAAAGGUAGUCGUGUAGCUGUCAAAAACUUACGGGCAGAAAAAAUCGAACUUAUCCAUACUCACCUGUACGAACUGAAAGUGAUGAAGGACUUAUCCCACGAUAACUUAGUGAAGUUUUUCGGUGCAUGUUUGGACAUACCAAAUUUUAUACUGAAUGAAUAUUGUGCAAGAGGAAGUUUGCAGGACAUUUUAGAAAAUGAAGAAGUUCAGCUGGACUGGACAUUUAGAAUCUCGUUAAUAAUGGACUUGGUGAGGGGUAUGCACUAUCUACAUCGAAGUCCUAUUAAAUACCAUGGUUCCUUGAAGUCUACCAAUUGCUUAGUAGACAGCAGAUUUGUACUGAAAAUUGCUGAUUUUGGUUUGUGCUUUCUCAGGGAAUACGCCAAUGAAGAUGUUAUUGACAAGACUAACCAUUCUUUCUGGCAAAGACAACUGUGGACAGCUCCCGAACUCCUUAACCUACCAGCUGUUCCAGACAGAGGAACACAAAGGGGAGAUGUUUAUUCUUUCGGUAUUAUUUUACACGAAAUAAUAAUGAGGAAAGGGGUGUUCUAUUUGGAUAACUACAUGGACCCAAAAGAAAUUUUGGAAACCGUCAAGCACGGACCAGCAGCAAAUGAUGGCAAACCGCUGAGACCUGAUCUAGAACCGGAAGCUCUAUGCGAUGAUGAAGUUGAGUUACUCAUGAAAAAAUGCUGGGCAGAAGACUCUUUCGAUAGACCAGAUUUUACCACUUUAAAACACAAACUGCACCAGCUGAAUAAAAAAGAAAAUGGAAAUCUAAUGGACAAUCUCUUGGCACGUAUGGAACAAUAUGCUAACAAUUUAGAAACGCUCGUCGAGGAAAGGACCAACGACUACCUGGAGGAAAAGAAGAAAUGUGAGCAAGUCUUAUAUCAGCUCCUUCCAAAGAGUGUUGCUGAGCAGCUGAUUAAAGGAGAAUCAGUUAAUGCAGAAACAUUUGAUUCUGUAACAAUAUAUUUUAGUGACAUAGUUGGUUUUACCAAGUUGUCAGCUGCCAGUACCCCUCUGGAAGUUGUGGAUUUGCUCAAUGACUUGUACACUUGUUUUGAUUCUAUUGUUGGAGGUUUUGAUGUUUACAAGGUGGAGACUAUUGGUGACGCUUAUAUGGUCGUAUCUGGUUUGCCAAAGAGAAAUGGUAAUUGUCAUGCUAGAGAAAUAGCUCGUAUGUCGAUUGCGCUAUUAAACGAUGUUAGGAAGUUCCGUAUACGUCACAUGCCUAAUGAACCACUAAGACUUCGUAUUGGAAUACAUACAGGACCCGUUGUGGCUGGCGUGGUGGGACUUAAAAUGCCGCGCUACUGUCUUUUUGGAGACACUGUAAACACUGCGUCUCGUAUGGAAUCCACUGGGGAAUCUCUCAAGAUACACAUCAGCACUGCUACCAAAGAUGUUUUAGACACAUUCGGAACUUUCGAACUGGAAUGCAGAGGUCCAAUAGAAAUCAAGGGAAAAGGACGAAUGACAACAUAUUGGCUGAAACGGGAGCAGAAGGUAACGACACAGCCUGGUCCAUCUCUAGAGAACAAAACAACAAAGCUCCCUUCAACUCCAAUUCCUCAACAUCUCCGUAGAGGAAUCGGCACUAGAGCUGAAUCCGACUCAAAUCCACGAAUUGUUGCUACGCCCAGCGGCGAAGAAGCUGCCAUUCCUCUUCUUGCUGUUACAACUUCCAAUAGUGAAAGUGACUCCCAUGCUUAAACACUCCUUAUCAAUGGUAAAUGUUAUCCCUCCUCACCGUAAAGGUAAGCUGUAUUAGCCCUACUUUAUGGAAAUGGCAGCGACUUGUUUUAAUAUGGUUAUUCGUGGAAGAUUUUUCCAAUGGAAACCAGUUUGGUUUCUUGGAUAUUUUGAGAUUUUUAUUUUUAUUAGUGAGACUGUUCUCUAAGACUAAACUUAUGUAAAUGGAUCAACAAAUGUAUAUCUUCAUUAAAAAUAAAAGAGAAUAUAAUAUAUAGGACAAAAUACACUUAAAUCUUGACUGUUUUUGAGUACUGAAAUAGUUCUAUAAAAAUAUGGCAUGGAUAUAUUAUACUAAAGGAGACUUUUACUUCCUAAAUUGAAAAAAAAACAAUUUUUAAAUAUUUUUAAAGAAAAAACUAUUACAUUUAUGGUUAUAAUCUUUUUAUACAUUGUUAAGAAGGUUUCGAGGUAUACAAAAAAAAUGUUUUUUGUACUUUUACUUGUUUUUCACCACUAUACAGGGUGGUUCAAAGCACAACGUCUUCCUGUAACAAUUUUUUUAAUUCCAAUGGGAUUCAAUUCGUGAAACUUACAACUAAUAAAUAAACAUUUUAAAAGGUA